GGUUCCGCGCCGCAAAUGGUGCAGCCAUCUGUCCGUCACGCAUUUGCAGAAACUUAAGUUUCUUCAGCGAGCGAAGUCGGCCUUGCGCCGUCGCUUCCAGCCAUUCACUAAAGCGAGGUGCCUCAUUGUUUUGGGGGAGAGCUUCAUUGUUUUGGUGUUUAAAUACAGCCGCAGACGGGCAGCUGUACUUUUGCCACAUUUCCUGCGUAUCAGAAGCAGAGCCCAGUGAGAAGCCGAGCCGCUACAGAAAGGGGUCUUUAUGGUGCUUUUGGAGGCCUGAGAGGUGGUCAGCUCACUCUCUGGGUUACUGUCAAAAGGCUGUGCUCCAAUAAGAUGACUCAGUCUGUGCAAGUCAAUCAGAAACUUCCGGAUCUCGGUGCACCAUUCAUCUACAACACCCAGGAUAAGGGAGAUCAGGGCGGCUCCUAUUCUGUGCAGACUCCUUAUGGCUUCCAGCUAGACCUUGACUUCUUAAAGUAUGUGGAAGAGAUCGAGAGCGGACACAAUUUUCGACGGGCCUUAGCAAACCCUCGCCGGGGAACACGAGGUGCAAAAAUAUCCCAGAGAAGUCCAUGGGGUGGGGGACACAACAGUGGGUGGACAUCAACUGAAUCUCUGUCAUCCUCUGCCAGUGAAGAAGGCCAGGUGGCUCCCAAGCCUCCCCCACGGAAUCGCACUACCUCUGCCCCCAGUGAAGUGCACCUUCUCUCACCACUUCCCGUUCUUAGUCCUCCCCUCUCUGCUGGCUUGAAGGUCCCCCCUCUUCCACCAGUGCGUAACCCCAGGGUAGAGAGGACCCUGCUGGAAACUAGCCGACGGCUACAGCAAGAACAACAACAGAUAGAGAAUGAUUCUGCCUUCCAACUUGGUGACCCUCCCAAGGCCAAAAGUAGAGAUGUGGGACUAGCUGCCAACAACCAGACACAGGAAGUACAGCUGCUGAAUGUCUUGACCGUCUCCCCAAGCCCCUCUCAGAGCAGUUGGAAUCCUGAAAGUCCUCACAACUCUGGAAUGAGUACUCCAGCGCAUGGGAGUGCCUCCGCCACUGGACUAGCACCAGUCUGCUCUGGGCAGCUGCAAACUGUGCGAGAGCAGAUGGCUGCAGCCUUGAAACAGCUGAAGGAGAUGGAGGAGAAAGUGAAGGGAGUCCCAAUGCUGGAGCGUGAGGUGGCCCAGUUGCGUGCAGAAAAGGACAGGCUGCUUCUGGCAUUGUAUGAGAAGACUUUGGCUGGAGCUUCAGAACUCCAGCAGCAUAAUGGUGCUGAAAGACUCCCAGCGGCACCACCCACUCAUGGCAGGGUUAGCAAGUUGGUUGAGCUGAGGAGACUCACGGAAAAGCUGGGUGGCAGAGAUGAGAAAGAAGGUGAUCAACCAGAGAGAGUUUCACCUGUAGGAAAUGUGACUUUGCUGACAAGGUCUGUGGCUGUUGGGGAUGACAAACCCCUAGAAGAAUCUGUCUUUUACUACUGUCAGGGUAAAAAGGAUGCAUUUGUAGGCACAGCUGUAGCAGUCGCGGAUAAAGGAGUUGGAAUGGAGGCAGUGGCCAUGCAGGAAGCUGGAGUGGAUGUCCGAGUGGAGACUAAGGAAGCUGCUGUGUGGGUGAUGGAGUCCAUGCUUGGAUUGACAAGUGAGGCGCAAAGGGAAAUAGACACUCUGCAAGAGUCUCUGGAGGUCCUCAAGGGUCGGCUAAGUCAAGCAGAUGAGGAACUUGAAACGCUGAAAGCUCAAGAGCAGCAAAGGAGCUCGAUUGUCAUGGUGGAAAAGGCAGUUCUGGCCAAGCCUGAAGUGGCCGUUGCUGAUGUGGCGACUGAGUGUCCAGCUUCCAGCUUCCUGCAUAGCAGCGGUUCAGAGAAAGUGAGCAUCGCUGUGGAGUGCCACUGCGAAGUCACAGAUGCAUGUGUCGGUCCGGAUUCCGCAUCUUCUCAGAAUGACCAGAACGUUCAAACGGAUUUGACAGAGAGCACUGGGAAAACAUCCGUGAUAGCUGUAAGCAGCACUGGAAGCCAGUGGGAGAAUCCAUACGAAGAAGAAAGGAAUAGACCAGAUCAGAUGCCUUUGAGCAUUAUAACGAAGAGAAGACAGAUUACAGAAUGUGCUCCCUCUGCCAUCCCCAUCAACACGACGGAGGGUGAUCAUGAAGUAAAUGCCACCCCCUGCAGUCCAGCUGCGGGUGAGGGCAUGCUGAAAUCCAUUAUGAAGAGAAAUGAUGGCAGUGGCCCUUCCGAGCUGCGCACUGGGAACAAGAAAAGUCUGAAGUUUGUAGGGAUCCUCAGUGGGGGGUAUGAGUCGACUUCUAGUGAAGAAGAUGAUGAAGAAGAGGAUGGGGAAGGAGGUGACAGUUCUUCUGGAGUGAGUGGGGCUGGUGUUAGCUCUGACAGCAGCGAUGAAGGUGAAGCCCUGGAGGACACUUCAGAUGAUGAGAAAGACCUCAAUUUGGAAGACAGUGACAGUGCUGUGGAGGAGCCAAUAGGAGCGGAGAGUAAAGACGUGGAGGGGCAUCAGGAUACUGUGAAAGAAAAGUUCGAGCUGAGUACAAAAACACGAGAAGCCUGCCUUAUUCUGAAGAACCAUCUCAAUGAUCAUACCAAUGCCUUUAAGAGCAGGGAAGUGCUCUCCAGCACUCACACUGUACAGAUGGAGUGGUUCCGCGUGUCCAGUACCAAGACAGCCCAGCCCUCCCGUGUGUCAGAUUACCUUAUGGCAUUCUCAGAAGUGUCUCCAGCUCUGUUGGCACAUGUGGUUAACAUGACCGAUGGCAACGGCAACACCGCCUUGCACUACAGUGUCUCACACUCCAACUUUAAGGUGGUGGAACUCCUGCUGGAUACGGGCAUGUGCGACGUGGACCAGCAGAACAAGGCUGGGUACACGUCCAUCAUGCUGGCGGCGCUGGCAGCGGUGAAGGAGGAGGAGGACAUGAGGGUAGUGAAGAAGCUGCUGGGCCAGGGUGACGUCAAUGCUAAGGCCAGCCAGACGGUCAAUGCUAAGGCCAGCCAGGCUGGACAGACGGCACUGAUGCUGGCCGUGAGCCAUGGACGCCGCGAGAUGGCAGAGCUGCUGCUGGCCUGCAGUGCGGACGUCAACGCCCAGGAUGAGGAAGGCUCCACGGCGCUCAUGUGCGCCAGCGAGCACGGCCGCGCUGAGAUCGUAUCCUUGCUUCUGGAGCAGCCAGGCUGUGAUAUUUCCAUAGCGGACAAUGACGGCAGUAACGCCCUUUCCAUUGCUCUGGAAGCCGCCCACAAUGACAUCGCUGUGCUGCUGUAUGCCCAUAUGAACUACUCCAAGAGCCAAGCAAGUGCAGCACCGAAGCCCCACGUGUGACACCCCAACGGCUCUGUAUAGCCUGUGAGGAGAAACGCAGAAGAUAACUGGACACAGUCUGCUGGAAUAUGAUGCCGACUAUACUGGAAAAUAGCAUUUUUUAAAAAUAUAACACACUGUAUGAAAUGUAUUUAUGUAAUUCCAGAAAUCAAUAUAUGUUAGACAACCACAUAUCACAGCGUGUUGUACAGGCAUUGUUUUCUAACAUCUAAAUUACUGUAUCACUAUACUUCUGGUAUAAAACUGCUGUUUUAAAGAAUAAUACCUUAAUCAUUAGUGACUGAAUUCUGUUUCCAGGCUCGAGCCAGUGGACUUCUACAAUCUCUCUCAAAAAAAAAGCCUUUGUUUUGUCAUUGUAUGAAGUUACAGCUCAGUGUGGUGAAUCACUAACUUUCAGCUAACGUUUUCCAAAAUGCCUUAUUCCAAAAAUGUAUUAUGCAGUGUUAAUGUCCUGUAUUCAAUUUUUUUAAUUAAACUUCAAUCACA